AUGACGCCGUGGGGCCGUUAUAAGUUCCUCCGCACGUCCAUGGGCCUUAGUUGCUCGGGUGACGAAUACAACAGGAGGGCGGAUGUCGCGUUCGCCACAGUGUCAAAUACGGUGCGUGUGGUUGACGAUCUGCUUUGCUUUGAUCGCACCUUCCUCGAGCACGUGAUGGGAGUGUGUGAAGUCCUCCAAGCGGCAUGCGACGCCGGUAUCACAUUCAGCAAAGAAAAGUUUCGCUUCGCCCGCGAUCGUCUGUUGUGGGUUGGAUACGAGAUCAAGCACGGCGGAAUUACCAUCGAGGAGGCCAAAUUGAAGGCCCUGUCUCAAUUUUCCCGGCAGACUAACAUUUCGGAAUUACGAUCAUUCAUGGGCCUGGUGGAGCAACUCGCCGGAUUCUCGACGGAGGUGGCAGCGGCGAAGGAACCCCUUCGACCCCUUCUUAGCACCCGAAACUCGUACGUGUGGACGCCGGACCAUGACCGGGCAUUUGCCGCCGUUAAGUUGGCUUUAACCUCCCCGCCCGUGGUGGUCCAUUUUGAACCAGAUCAUCCAAGUCGACGCCUCGCGCAAGAACGGAAUGGGGUACGCGCUACUGCAGCGACACGACGGAGGCUGGCGUCUAGUGGAUGCCAAUUCCCGAUGGUGCUCCGAUGUCGAGUCACGAUAUGCCUUCGUGGAGCUGGAGCUGACUGCAGUCGAAUGAGCGAUCCGGAAGUGCCGCUUAUACCUAUCCGGUCUACCCAACUUCACCCUGAUGACAAUCCCAAAAUACAGCGUCUGAAAGAGCGACUGUCGCCGUACUCUUUCACAACCGUGUGGAGAAAGGGGAAGGAACAUGCCAUUCCAGACGCCUUAUCACGGGCCCCAGUCAACGACCCAGCGCCGGAAGAUGAACGUGUGGGCGCAGACCUCAAUUCUUCCGUUCGAAAUGUGGUGAUUCAGUCGAUCGCGGCUAUAUGCAACUCUGAAGACGAAUCAGCUCCGCCGGCACACUUGUCGGACGCUUUGCUGGCCGAUCUGCGAUCCACGGCCGCGGGGGACGCGGACUACACGGCCCUAGCGGCGGCAGUUGAACCGGGUUUCGGAACGGACCGUGCUCGCAUGUCUAACUACAUACGUCAGUUUUGGUCCAUUCGUCACCAACUGUCCACGGAAGAUGGCCUCGUUCUCUUCGGAUCCCGCAUCGUGGUGCCGGCAUCGUCCGGACAAAACGACGGGCCCAGCAGACGGUAUAUGGCCGGGAAUAUCGAACGACGUCACGAUGCUCGUCGAACGCUGCUGCAAGUGCCAGGAGAGGCGGCCGAGCCUGUGCCAGGAGAGGCGGCUGAGCCUGUGCCAGGAGAGGCGGCUGAGCCUGUGCCAGGAGAGGCGGCCGAGCCUGUGCCAGGAGAGGCGGCCGAGCCUGUGCCAGGAGAGGCGGCCGAGCCUGUGCCAGGAGAGGCGGCCGAGCCUGUGCCAGGAGAGGCGGCCGAGCCUGUGCCAGGAGCCACUGAUCACGGAAACCUCCAUGUGCUGGUAUACGCGGACAGAUUAUCGGGUUGGCCAGUAGUCCACCAAUGGCGACGCGAUCCCACCGCGCGAGAAGUAGUCCAGGCAGUCGUGCACAAAUUCGUCGAGCUGGGCGUGCCCAUGCGAUUCCGCUCGGACAAUGGACCUCAAUUCGAUGCCGGAGUCUUCCAAGAGACACUGAAACGUUGGGGCGUGGCGUGGGGCAACUCUACCCCUCAUUACCCCCAGAGCAACGGCCAUGCGGAGGCAGCAGUGAAGGCGAUGAAAGAAUUAGUGGCGAAGACGGGCGGAGAUUUAUCAUCGGAAGAUUUUCUGGCGGGACUCCUGGAGUUUCUGAACACCCCCCACGAGAGCGGUGCAUCGCCGGCAUAA